AUGGCAUCGUUAUCCACGAAGUUCCUAUCCAGAGCUAUGGAUUACGGUCCACAAUACGGCUCAGAGCAGUUAUCAACCCCGCUCUCGCCAGAGAAUGUGCUGGUAACACCCGGCGCAUCGCUAGCGAAUUUCCUAAUAUUCUACGGCAUGUACGAUCGUGGCGAUCAUGACAUAUGCCAAUAUCCUACGUAUCAACAGCCGUAUACGCAGCCUACAGCGUUGAGGGCGGAUAAUGGAUAUCGUUUUCAUAUACUUGAUCACGAUAAAUUUCGUGUUCUCCUCGAUCAUCCCCCUUCAACGCUCAAAUCCAUCGUCCAAAUCGCGCGCGAACACUCCAUAACUAUCAUCAGAGACGAAGUCUACAGACCGCUCUUCCACUCCAUCACCCCUGCCGACCCGGAGUUUCCCCCAAUCCGUGAUGACUCCGGGUUACGCGAACGUGAUCGUCUCCGGCUCGAUGUCCAAAGCUUACCCCCUCGCCGGCAUUCGGGUCGGCUGGCUCUCGCGUCACCCAACGUCGACUUGGUUCGGGCAUGCGAGGCCUGGCGCGCCUACACAAUCGUCUCAGCAAGCCAGAUCGACCGGCAGAUCGCCCUCUACGCGCUGCAUGAGGGGCGCUUGCACAACCUGCUCAAGAGCAAUAAUGCGCUCGCGCGGCAUAACCUGGCGCUGCCGGAAGGGGUUAUUGAGCAGAAUCGGUGGGCUUGUGAGUCGGCGAAACCCGUGGCCGGGUCUGUGGCGUGUGUGAGGUUUUCGAAGAUGGGGAGGCUGGUGGAUGAUGUGGUGUUUCGUGAGAAGUUGUUUGAGUAG